ACGAGGAUCAAUGAGAGCUCAGCUCGUAUUUGAACCGCCGCAGACAGCGACUAACCAGCGCCAGCGGGGUACAACACAGAGGCAGAGCAGAGGAGCAUGGGUUGUCACAACAGCAAAGUUUGUGGCCAGGUCUCCCGGAAAAAGAAAAAAAAUAAAGCACAAGGAGCUGAGAAGCGCAUAAAGGACAUCAAACUUCAAGCUGGAAGCGGUGCACGCUCGUCUGAGGAGAAUCUACUGGAGGCUUACGAGAGUCAGAUGAAGAUACUGCGUGCGGUUCUGACGGCUUCAGGAGACCAGGAGAGAGACCAGCUCCUCAAGGACCAUCCUGGAGACAUCUGCACUUUAGUCCACAGCAUUACGGAGAAGGUAAAGACUGAGAUAACUGCUGAUCUAAAUGAUCUUCAUGAAAAACAGAUGAGGAGCACCUCAGAGCGGCAUCAGAGCGCAACAGAAGAGCUACAGCGAUUACACGGUGAAGAGAAGAACGUUUUAAUGGAGUCCCAUGCAGCAGCUGAGAAUGCGCUGAAGGAUCGGAUUGAAGGGCUGACGUCGGAGCUGAAGCUGUUCGACGAGUUAAAGCGCAGAGCGGACGAGUCCACGCUUAAGAGAGACCUUCAGAGAAACAUCGAGACUCAUGGCAGCCCUGGUGCUUUCUGGGAGCAGGAGCAGGAGAGUCUGUUAUUCGUCAUCGAAAUGAAGCGUGAGCAUUUACAGGACCAGAGAAACAAGCUGAUGCAGAUGGAAACGCUGGUGGAGAGGAAUCUGUCUCUGGAGGAUCAGCUCCUGCAGGCUCUUCAGCAGAGCGAGGACUACAGAGUACGGAUAGACAACUACCAAAGCCUCAUACAACAGCGGUCCAGGGAGCAGAACGAGCUGCAGGAGGCGCUGGAGAAGCAGUCUCUGCAGAAGCAGAAGCUCGUCCAGGAGAAAGAGGAGCUGCUUUUUAAACUCCUGCAGCGCAGAGACUCGUGCUCCUCCUUCCACCUUCCUUCGGUCAUACCCACGCCGGUGUCUCCCAGCUGACUCGCUGUGAGCGUGCGGCGCUGAUACGGACCUACCCGCCGCGUUUCAACUAUAUUUUUAUACGAAGAGACGUUUUUUUUUUUUGGUUGCUUUUUUUAAAAUAGCCGUGGAUCUCUGCUGCACUCGUUCAUGUUAAGUCUUUUCGUUAUCGUAUAAGGUGUAGCAGCCCAUUUUUGAUAUCGGUUGUAAUUAUUUUUUAUUAUUUCUUUCCGGAAAACGGCAGGUAUUGUUAGCAUUAAAAAAAAACGGCUAUAUUUUUUUUUAAGACUUUAUUGGAGCCAGAGCACUUGAACGUGUAGCGUUAAUAUCUGCGAUCUUUGCACUUGCACUUUUAUCAGUGUUUUAUUUUGUUGGAGAGAUGAUGGAUUGUGGUCAUUACCGGUAUGCUUUCCAUCCGUCACUUUGCACGCCAUAUUUCCGUUUUAAAUACUGCUUUUUAGUGAUAGGUAAGUUGUUCGAUUAAAAAACCGCGGUGGUGGCUUCACCAGUGUGUAUAUAUUUCAAGAAGACACUAGCCGUCUUCUGUUUUAUUGUCGCUCUGGGAAACCCAAACUUUCAAAGAAUAAUCAAAACAUUCAGAACGAGUCCAGUAUGCUUAAUUUUACUGAAUACUUCAACAUUUCUCUACACUUCUAUGUGGCCUAUUCCUUUAGCAUUGCAUUAGUUGCUUACCAGUGUCCCUCCGCGGUGAUUGGGUGCCGUCAGGAGGGGUUAGCAUCUAUUAGUUAACAUCUUGUGGAAUCAAAACCCAUCGUUAAGACAUUUUAACUUAAAACGUAAAGGAAACGCCAUGCAUUAUCAGCUUUUGUUUGGACUAUCGUUCUGGCGGCACCCAUUCACUGCAGAGGAUCCAUUCGUGAGGAAGUAAUAAUCCUCCUGAUCUAUCCUACGUCUUGGGUAAACCUGAGGCCUGAGUACAUUCGGCAGACUUAUUUUUGGGUUUAAUCGUCUUCUAAUCGCAGUGAUUUUGAUCCGAAUGGUAGAUAGGUUGCCUUCGUGCCCAUAUUUUUAUUAACCUCUCCCUUUUUUUUCUAAGCUAUUGUGAAUUCUUGCAAAUGUUCGACCAUUAUGUAUGUUUACUUCUGAAUCGGUGCCUUUUUGGUUUAAGAUGUUUCCUGGAAAAAAUCAAGCAAUAAAAGCUGCCUCUGAGAGACUG